AUGGGUUGUACAUUCUUAUUCAUUUCGCUUUGCAUGUGUUUGGGUUUUGGUCUAACUGAAGCAGUUCCUGCAAAUUCUCUCAUCAUAAAGCUUCCAGGUUUCAAUGCUACUUUCCCAUCAAAGCAUUACUCUGGGUAUGUAUCAAUAAAUGGGAAUCCUGCAAAACAACUCUUCUACUACUUUGUCAAGUCGGAAAGACAGCCAUCGAAUGAUCCGGUCAUUUUAUGGCUUAAUAGGGGGCCAGGGUGCUCUAGCUUUGAUGGGUUUGUUUAUGAACAUGGACCAUUAAACUACGAGGCAGGAAAACGACACAGAGAACUGCCCAUAUUACAUCUCAAUCCUUAUAGCUGGUCCAAGGUUGAUAAUUCUAAAAUGUAUGUAGACCAAUGA